AGGAGUCCCGGAAAAAUUUCCAUUUUUGUAUCUAUUCUCCCUUUGACGAAAACUUGCCCUGGUUUGGGGCGUGGAAACAGCAGAGGGUGCGAGGAGCUGGAGAAAAUGGAGGCAGGAGCCGCCCUCAAAGAGCCGUUGUCCUGGAAGUGCGGAACGACGUUAACAUUAAGAAAUCCAUGCUUGUGUGAUACUUCCCUGCAGUCCCGACACACAGGUCUGACCAGAGGCCGCGGGCUGCCAGGGGAGAAGGCCCUUGGACCGGUCGCGCCUCUGUCCCACUCUGUGCCAGCGGCUCCUUUAAAGGGCGGGGCCGGAACCUGCGGUGAGUCCCCCGCUUUAGACGUGUCGGGGGCGGAGUCUCCAGACGGCCCUAGCAGCAUGGCCGCCGGCGCCGCCGCCGCGUUAACGUUCCUGAGUCAGGAGAGCCGAUGCCGGGCCGGAGGGGUCGGGAGUCUGCGGGUCCCAGCUCCGGUCACUAUGGACAGUUUUUUCUUCGGCUGUGAGCUCUCCGGCCACACCCGCUCUUUCACCUUCAAGGUAGAGGAAGAGGAUGAUUCGGAGCAUGUGCUGGCUUUGACCAUGCUCUGCCUCACCGAGGGGGCCAAAGAUGAGUGUAAUGUGGUAGAAGUCGUGGCCAGGAAUCAUGACCACCAGGAGAUUGCAGUCCCUGUGGCCAAUCUCAAGUUGUCCUGCCAACCCAUGCUCAGUUUGGAUGACUUCCAGCUCCAGCCACCUGUAACCUUCCGCCUCAAGUCAGGUUCUGGCCCUGUGCGCAUCACUGGGAGGCACCAGAUUGUUACUAUAAGCAAUGACGUUUCUGAGGAAGAGAGUGAAGAAGAAGGGAGUGAGGAGGAGGAGGCGGAGUUGUGUCCCAUCCUGCCUGCCAAGAAGCAGAGGGGCAGGCCCUAGCCUUGGUCACCUAGCUGCCUGCCACAUGUGCCAUGUACUAUGUUCCUGUACAAGUUUCAAGAAAUUUAAAUGUGUCUUCUCUGUUGAAGAGGAGGGAUGGGUGGGUGGGUAGGGGGUGGUCUUGGGCUGGUGCUUGGAGAGAGGGUGGUCCUAUUCUUCAUAAGGGCCCUGGUGUUUCUCUAAUCUUAUGCCAUAUCUGGGGCUUCCCUUUUCUCCAGGAGUGGGAAGAGCUCUGAACUUCUCUCCUGACCCUGUCUCCCCACUUGCCUGUGAGAUUGGAUGUCAGCAUCUGAAGCUCAGGAAUACACAUUUUUAAUACUUUUUACAUUUUUGGAUAAAGGUUGAAAUAAAGUGAUGUGGAGUUUUUUUUUGCAACUCA